AUGUCCGAGCCACCACCAGCACCACCACCGGCACCAGCAGCUGCUGCGAUGCCGUCGAAACCACCACCGCCGGCGACAACGAGCUCCAAGCAGCAGCAGCCCAGUCCAGCCAUCCCCGUCGGCCUCAACGAAGCUGGACUCGACUCCCCCACCUUUCGCGCGACGGCCGCCUACUUCUCCGACCAGGUGGAGGCCAUUGAACGAUGGCUCGACGACUACACAAAAGCGACGUCCAAGGUGGCACGCGAGAUCCUCGCCCUCGAGGACAACAUCAACCUCUGCCUCGCCAAGAGCUUCCCGCCCGCCGCUGCCGUCGAUGGCGUCAUCGACAACGACUACACGCUGCUCGCCCUGCGACGAUCGAGCGAUGGCAUCCGCGCCUGGUGGUCCCAGGUCAUCUCGACCAUGCGCAGGAUGGACGGCAUCAACGUCGACCCCAUCCGCGCCUUCCUGACAGGCGAGCUGCGGUCCUUCAAGGAGACGCGCCGCGCCCUCGACAGCGCCCAGCGCCAGUUCGACCAGAUGCUCGCCCGCUACGUCGCCCAGCCCAAGACCAAGGAGCCCUCGUCGUUGCGCGAGGACGCCUUUGCCGUGUACGAGGCCCGCAAGAUCUACCUCGCCGCCUCGAUGGACUUUUGCCAGAUGGCGCCCCACCUGCGCUUCUCCCUCGACAAGCUGCUCGUGCGCGUGAGCGCCGACAUGUGGAAGGAGCUGAAGCGCGCCCACGAGUCCGUCAUUGACAUGAUGAAGUGGGGCACCGAGAUGGACCGCAUCCGCGGCUGGUCCAAGGAGAUGGACGCCACCGAGUCCGUCUUCCGCCGCGAGCUCAUGCGCGUCCGCAGGGAGAUCAGCCACGGCGCCAAGGAGGCCACCAAGCCGUCGCGCGAGCUCGACGACUACAGCGCCUCGACCGUGCCCUACCUCGGCAGCCGCGGGCCCGUCAGCGUGCCGGCCCAGGACCAGGCCGCCGUCAUCUCCGAGAAGCAGGGCUGGCUCUUCCUGCGCAGCGUCUACGGCAAACCCGCGCGCACCAACUGGGUGCGCCGCUGGUACUACUGCCGCGACGGCAUCUUCGGCUGGCUCAUCCAGGGCCCCCAAGGUGUUCUCCAGGGCGACGAGAUCGGCGUCCUCCUGUGCAGCGCCAAGCCGGCCGUGGCCGAGGACCGCCGCUUCUGCUUCGAGAUCAAGACGAAGAGCCAGACCAUGGUCCUGCAGGCCGAGACGCAGGGCGAGCUCACCGAGUGGCUCGAGGUGUUCGACGUGGCCAAGAGGAAGGCCUUUGACGCCAGCAUGGGCCGCGACAGCACGCCGCUCCCCUCGGGCCUCGACCCGGCCUUUCACAUCACGCCGCCUCCCGUUCCCGAAUUUUCGGCCAAGUCCCUCGAUGCCCAGCUCGCCGGCGACGAACCGCCCGCGGCUGCCCUCGACAGGGCAGGCACCCUACCCGUGCCCGGGCCCGACGGAAACCUGACGAGCCGCGCCAGCUUUGACGUCAACGCCGCUGGCGGGUCGCGCCGCUCCAUCACGGCGCUGGGGCGCGAUCUGGGGCGCGAGAUGAUGAUCCGUGAGGAGGGCGAGUCGAGCCGGGAACACGCGGCAAGGCUCAUCCAGAAGCUUGAUCUCCACCGCAAGGGCACCUUUGGCGGCGAGCUCGACGCGCGUGGGCACGGCGCUGGCGCGCAGGCCGGCGGCGGCGGCGGCGGUGGCGGCGGCGGCGGUAUCGCGAGCCUCAUUUCUGCCAGCCACGGCUUGCUGCCGGGGCAUCCCGCGUCCAUCAUGGCCCCCGUCUCCGGAAAACCUGCACAGAGCCCCACGUUCGCCCCGCGGGAGGUCCGUCAGGGCCACCUGGCGCCCGCCACGCUGGCCAAGGCGCCGGUGCUGACGGCUCUCAGUCGCACGGCCGUUGCCGUCACGGGCGACAAGGGCCUGGCGCUGGAUGCCGCCAGCCAUCUGCCGGCCGCCGUCAUGGCGAACUACUGGGGCAGCAAUCCGUGGGGCACGGUCUACGGCGCCGGCCACGGCAGCCCCAGGACGCCGGGGCAGAUGGACGAGAACCCGUUCGGCCUCGUUGUCACCGAAGUCGGCAAGGCUGGCGAGGAAAAGCCGGCGCCUCCCGUCGGCGCACAUCGGAAGACCGUCAGCGUCGACACGACGCGGGACGUGCAGAAGACGGCCCGGCCUAGACAGCAGGUCGAGACGUUCCCCCCGGGCUACCCGCAGGAUCUGCGCGCACAGCACCCCCAGUUCCGACUCCUCUUCCCCGCCGUGCCGCUCGACGAAAAGCUCGUGCUCGUCUUCAGCGCCGCCUGGACCAGCUCGACGGGCAAGGAAGACACGGCGCCGCAGGGCGAGGGCGUCGCGGGCCACGGACGCAUCUUCGUCACGCCAGACAACCUGUACUUCUACGGCGAGCAGCUCGGUCUCGUCAUCGCAUACACCAUGAGCCUCGACAUGAUCACGGAAGUGACGGCGGCGCCCGGAAAGGAGUGCGACUACAUUUACCUCCAUCUCGGAGAGGCGUCAAACGACACUGGCUAUUCACGCAUCACGAUCAAGAUUUUCUUGGAGAACCUCGUCUUGCUCCACGCACGUCUGAACCUCCUCGUGGACGACCUCCAGGCCGAAGAGCCCAUGGCGCUCCACGAGCUCGUCACGGCGCUCAUCGGACUCGAGCACGACACGACGCAGCGGCGUCCCAGCGUCGACAGCUGGGAGGAGAUCUCGUCCAGCACGCCGUACGACGACGGCACGACGGCGGGGCGGCCGGCGCGGCGCGGCAGCCACGGGCCGCCGGUGCCACGGCUCCACCUCAGCCACGCGCAGCUGCGGCCGGCGCCCAAGUUCCAGAUCCCGAUGCACCCGGUCGUGUUCGAGCCGGACGACAUGCAGCACAAGGUGGCGGAGCGGCACUUUGAGAUCAGCGCCAAGGCGUGCUUCCACGUGCUCUUUGGCGACAAGAGCUUCGUGUUCCCCAAGCUCUACUUCGAGCGGCGGGCGCAGCGGAUCGCGCAGGGCCCGUGGACGCUGGGCGACCAGGGGCGGCUGCGGCGCGCGUUCACGUUCAAGGUCGACUACGCCGACAUGCUGGGGCGGUCGAGGUCGGCCGACGUGGUCGACCAUCAGGUCAUUGACGUGUUCCAGGACCACGUCACGUACGUCGUCACGCACGUCAAGACGGCGUGGCACCUGCCGCACUCGCAGCACCUCAAGCUCGUCGUCAAGAUGGUCAUCACGCACGUGGCCAAGUCCAAGUGCAAGCUGGCGCUCUACACGCGCGUCGACUGGUCCAAGACGCCGGCCUUCUCGAAGCGGCUCGUCGAGCGGCAGGCGCUCGACGACGCGGGCGGCGACGCCGAGGACCUCGCCGAGGUGGCGACGGACCAGGUGCGCAAGCUGGGGUCGCACAGCCGCACGAAGCGGGCGAUCCAGGUGUACGGCAACAUUGGGCAGCAGACGCAGGUCGUCGUCUUCUCGCCGGCCGAGACGGACGCGGCGGGCGGCGGCGGCGGGCGCAGGCAGGUCAUCAAGCAGCGCACGCUGACGGCCAUGCUGCUCGAGACGGUGCGGUCGUUUGGCGAGAGCGCCGUGACGUCGGUCAUCAUGUGGGCGAUCGCCGGCGUGCGCACCGUCUUCGGCGUCGUCACGGCGCACCGGCUGCUGCUGCUGCUGCUGGGGCUCAGCGCGCUGACCAACGUCUUCUGGGCGUCCAAGGAGAACUCGGGCUGGUGGUCGGAGCGGCGGGCGGUGCGGUUCAUGAAGAAUGUGGGCGUCGGGCCCAACGUCGUCAUGAGCAAGGCCAUUUACAUGGCGGACCUCGGCGAGGCGUCGGGGGCUGCACGGAACGGCAGCGGGCCGGAGGAGAGUGCUUGCUUCUCGGCGUUCCAGCGCGUGACCAACUCGACGGACCUCGACGCGCCGUUCGAGGGCGCCGGGUCGACGCUGACGUCGGCGUCGAGCCGGGCGACGGCGCGGCGCAUCCGGCGCACGCGGCAGCGGCUGGGGUCGUACCGGCACGACCUGCUCGUGGCGAUGCGCGUCGUCAACAGCAUCGAGCGCGAGAUGGUGCAGUCCGAGUGGGAGAACUGGCUGGCGGACGAGACGACGCGGUGCGACCAGCUGCGGACGGUGCUCGGCGAGGAGGCGGCGGCCAAGACGAAGCGCGCGGGCGAGACGAAGCGUGCGGGCGGGCAAACGGUGCUGCCGCCGGCGGACGGCGAGGCGCGCCAGGCGAGGCUGCGCGCGUGGCACGAUGCGUACUGCGGCAGCUGCCGGGUCGAGCAGAGGGCGCUCGCGCAGGGACGUGAUCCUGUGACGGGGCUGUAG